UAUUAUAUUUGGUAUAUUUUGAAUUUCUACGUGAUAUUAGUCAUGUUUAAUGCCGGGUGUAAUUUUUAUUUAAUUAUGGUUUUAAACUUAUUAUUACCUUCAGUAAAUUUGUUAGAAUAUGAAAAUGUGUGUUUUAAAAAUGAAGACAGUUGUAAAGAAACUACCAGACGUUAUCUUCUAUACGAUGUGAAUAGACCCGAAGGUUUUAAUUUAAGAAGGGACGUUUAUAUGCGUUUAGCAGUUUUAUUUCAAAAUUUACAAACCUCCCCCGAUUUAAAUAAUUUUGUAUUAGUAUUACCCCCUUGGUCGAAUUUGGUACAUUGGUCGUACAGCGAUAUCCCCGAACAAAUCCCCUGGGGGUAUUAUUUUGAUUUAGAUAGUUUAAAAUUAUUCGCCCCAGUUAUAGAAAUGCACGAGUUUUUUCAUAGUUAUCCAUAUAAAUUUUCCAAAAUUACAAUCGACGAAGUUUAUAAUCUACAACAUUUCGAAAAUAUGUUCGAAACGGGGGAUUUUAGGGAUCGAAUGGAAAUAUCCCCUUGCCGAAAUAAAAACGAUAACAAUUAUUUUUUUUAUAAAAACGUAUCUAGUGCCAACGUAAAAUGUUUGUCGUACCACGGCCCGGCUACUAAACUGAUCGAAUUGCUUCGAAAUACAACAGCAAAAACUAUUUUAAUAAAUCACGCCGAGGUUGUUCUACAUGAUACGUUCGGUAACGCUAAAUAUUGGCAAGCGAGACGAAGUAUGCGAUUCAAUACCGAUUUAAAACGAAUUUCGGCCGAAUUUAGAAGAAAUUAUCUAAAUUCCGACGAUGUAAAUGAUAAAAUUGUCCUACCGGAAACGUGGAUCAAAGAAAAACCUAGAAGGGACGCUAUAGGAGGCCCUUAUGUCGCAGUACAUCUCCGGAGGAGGGAUUUUGUUCGAAGUAGACCCACUGAGGUGCCAGGUUUACAAAAUGCCGCAGUACAAAUCAAAACCGUGCUUAAAAAUUUGGGUUUGAGUACGGUUUUUGUAGCUACUGAUGGUACUGAAGCAGAAUUUGGGGAAUUGGAGCGUUUGAUGGGGGGUUAUAAAGUCAUGAGAUUUGUACCUCCGUUGGAUUUUAUGGAGAAGUAUAAGGACGGCGGAGCGGCGAUUGUGGAUCAGAUUAUUUGUUCUUGUGCGAGAUAUUUCGUUGGUACUCACGAGAGUACGUUUACUUUUCGUAUACAGGAGGAGAGGGAGAUUAUGGGGUUUCCCGUCGAUAGUACUUUUAAUGUUUUUUGUUCGGAGAGCGGCUGCCCCACGCCUUCUGUUUGGAAAAUUGUUUUUUGAUAGAUAGAGGACGCCACGUUGACUAUUCUCAGGUACACUAGCGAGAUCUGUAUCCUUAUCGACGAACUAUCUCUAGUUCGUGAUUUUAGCAGUAGAGGGCGUUACCCCUAUUUAUUCGACAUUUAGAGGAUCUAGAUGAUUACGAAGAUGAGAAAAAAAUAUGAAAAAACUACAAAUUAACGAAAAUAAUUUUAUUGUAUGCAAAAUUAUACACAACAAAUAAAUAUAAAUAAAUACAUAAAAUAAUAGAAACUAUGAUUUUUAUAAACAUAAA